AUUUGAGUACGAAAGGCAUUGUCGAUUCAAUCGUCACUCAUAAUACGUUGAACGCAGUAACUAUCUAAAUGAUUCAGACAAUUUUUGAGUGUGAAAUCUGUUAAUUGCGAGCUUUAAAUUUUGAUUUUUGUGCACGUUUUUGUGUUAAAUGUAAAUCGCAGUGUGAAGACAAUGUUUGUACAUAAAAACACUCGAGCGCAGUUCGCCCAGCAUGCGGCAGCAAUACGAGGCGACAGCAGCUCUGAGGACGAGGAAGAAGGAGGCGAUGCAUUGCAGAGACGCCGCGAAGAAUGCGAACGAAAAGCUCGACGAGGGGAAAUGGAUCCCCGUUUGGAGUUCACAUUCCAACUGUUAAUAGAUGCAACUCAACUGCCAAGGCAUCAACUAAUGGAUUAUAUAUUCGAGGGGGACAUGUUGGACGAAAUCAAUCAACUCUUUUUACCCAAUAUGAAAAAUAAACUUCUGUGGUUUUAUCAGGAAGUCGACGAGCCUGAUCCACAACCAGCGCAGGAUCCCAACAAACCUGGACCCUCGCGUAGUGGCAUCGCAUCGAGCUGCUCCAAAACACCACAGGGGUCAUCACCCAGCGGAUUUUCGCCGCCGAAGCCGAAAAAAUUGUUUCUAACUGAUGGAUGGACUUGUGCUUUUACCGGGAUUUGUAUUUACAUCUUUCGCGUGAAUACUUCAAAACAAUUGCCUGAGGAAGGAUUUCAAAAGGACUUAUACUGCGGCGUUAUCGAUGCGAAAAAUAUCGGACUUGUCACCUCUAUUGAGCGUAUUGUUGAGUACGUAUUCAUGCAGGCCUUAGCAUUCCCUAGUUUGGAAGGGGAUGAGGACGAUGUAAGUUGCGGACUGAUUAAAGGACAGUUGUUACCGGGUUUGAGAUCAUUUUGCAGUGCUUUACGUGUUUGUGAGCAAGUUUGCGAUCAUGUUAAUAUAUUUGACGACAAAUGUGAUAUGUUCGAGAAGAUUGAACACGUCGAAGAGGUCAAGGAUAUGGCGAAAAAUCAAGAGUUUUGUGUGCAACUGGAAGAGCGCGUAAAUAAUUGGAUAAAAGGUGUUAUGAAAAUACUUGGUGAAAGCGAACAGUUGCGCAAAGAGAACGAUUCAAGUGGACCACAGGAUGAGUUGGAAUAUUGGAAGAAGCGAGGUGCUCAAUUUUCGCAAUUGCUCGCACAUUUGCAAGAUCGUGAGGUGCAAUAUACAUUACAUUGCUUAUUUUUGGCUGGCUCCCGCGUUAUGCGAGUAUGGAAAGAAACCGAUCGAAAAAUAACAUUCUGCUACAACGAAGCACGCGAUAACUCAAAAUUCAUUCAAGCAAUGGAAACGUGUUGUCACUCUCUGUAUUUAGAUGAUCCGGUCUGCAUGAAACAGUCCAUACUAAGUCUACUUCAAACGGUGCGCCUUAUCUAUAGUGUUUCACAAUUUUAUAACACAUCCGAAAGAACCUCUUCCCUCAUGGUGAAGAUUACUAAUCAAAUGAUUGAGACUUGCAAGUCCUACAUAACAUGUCGAAGUAAAGAGACUAUUUGGUCACAAGAUCGCAAUGUCAUACGUACAAAAUUAGGCAAUUGCAUUAAGCUUAAUCAUAUAUACCAUGAAACAUACUACACUGUAAGGGAGCAACCCUUUCUGCCUAAUCAAACUCCGUUUGGUUUUUCGGAAAAUUUCGUUUUUGGAAAAUUUGAUACAUUUUGCGACCGUCUAUCGAAAAUUAUUUCUAUGUUCAAUCUGAUCGAAGAUUAUACUCACCUAUUCGAACGUCGUUUGGAGGGUCUAUUGCUAGGUGAAACACUACAGGAUGCCAGCAAUCAUUUUGAGGAAGCUAAGAAAGAGAUUUUAUUGAAGAAAUAUGAUUACUUGGAUCAUCGAAAUGGCGAGUUCAAUGACGAUUUCGAACGUUUUAUGAGUAAAACCGACGCACUAAAGGACACUAUAGCCACACUUAUUGAAACCAAUUUUGACACGGUGUGGGAGACACCACAAUGCAUUCGAUUUCUUACCCGUUUUGAAAAGGUUAGUGAGAAGAUACCACUCAGUCGGAUGGAUGAAAAGUAUGUGCGCAUUAUAAAAUAUGUGGAUAAGGAAGUAGACAGGGUGAAUAAAAUGUUUAGGAAACAACGUGAUGAUCCGCCCGUUUGUAGAAAUUUCCCGCCAAUUGCCGGACGUAUCCGUUGGAGUCGCGCAUUGGAUGACCAUAUGAAAGAACUGAUGGAGGCCGUACUCGAUCAUAAGGUGCUGAGUGGAUUACCGUUAACAAAAGACUUGGAGAAUCGCUAUAAUAAUGUCACAACGUUGUUAAGAGAGUUCGAAACCGAGAUUGUGUCCAUUUGGCUAGAUCAGGAUGUUAGCGUCGCCGAUGCGUGUCUACUACAGCCACUGUUAGCUCUUCAAGGUGAUCGCUUAUUCGUCAAUUUGCAUCCCACUAUACCCCUGCUGAUACGCGAAGCUAAGAUGUUGGCUAAGUUAAAUGUUGAAUUGCCAAUCGUGGCGGCUACACUGAUGAGCCGGCAAAAGUAUUUCACUACUAUACAGGACUCAUUGAAUUGCUUGAUCAAAAUGUUUUUGACAACCGUGCGCGCCGUCAAAUUGGAAGUGCGUCCUUUGUUUCUGCCACAAUUGGUGCGCCUAACAGCAAUGUUAAAGCCUGGCCUCCACACAAUAAAUUGGACUCAUCAAAAUUGGACGGAGUUCUAUGAACGUUGUAAACGGGCAAUCGAGACUUUUAAUGUACUCGUAGCACGUGUGCACGACAUCUACUCCAACCGAAUAUUAAAUGUGCUCAUGUGGAUGCAGGAUGUCUCUUUACAGGUUUUGCCUGCAGAAGAUGAAAUCUGGACUGUGGAGGAAUUUUUGGAGAAAAGCGAAGAUGCUUGCAGACGGGCUGCUAUUGAAUUGAACCGCAAAAGUCAAAUGGUGUCAGAGGCAGUGGAGGAAGUUUUGAAUUUGGUUGACAAGGCGACUGAGACAUUCAAGCAAAUCGCAGGCGAUGAUAUAGUUACAUUGUUUGAUGCUACUUCACGAAAUCAGACGCAACCAUCAUCGGCCCGAAAGGGAGAUGCAGAAGGCGCUGGAGCUGUGCCAAAUGCUGCCGGUGCUAGUGCGAACGGUGGCGGUGGUGGUAGUGUGGGUACCCAGCAGCAAGAUUGGAGUAUAUUAUGGUCAUGCUUUGAGAAUCCUUUGACUCUUCUUUCCACCACUGAGAGUCUUCCUAAGGGAAUGCAAGAUAUGGUCUGCAAUGCAGUGGUGGAAAUGCGACGAUACUAUAGUCGAAAGGUAAUUGAUGUGCUGAUUAAGGUAAUACGUGGCGCGUUAGAUACUAUUAGGCGUCGGUUUAUUGACGAUGAGAAUGAGACCAUAUUGAAAAAGCCGAUAUUCGCACUAAAUGCGCAGUUGCAGAUCCCAAACGUGGUGAUCAAACCGAACCUUGAUGAGUUGCAAGAGAUACUGACAACCGCUGGUAAAAAUAUCACCGGCAUUGCCAAAGGCGUGGCACAGUGGACUAGCGGCAAAGAACCGCAAGUGUCAACAACGCCUCAGCCACGAAUUGGACGAAAUCACAAUACCGGAAAUCGUGCACGUCGUCGCAAACUAUACACUCUGGCCUCGGAGGAACGUCCACAAAUGCCUCAUAUGCUGAAAUCGUUUUAUGCCGCUAUCAUGGAUAAUAAAGAGGUGGCGAAGGCGCUAAAUUUGCUCUCAAAUUGUACAAAAAAUAUCAAACCCGAAAUACAAACCUACAUAAAACGUUGGAAACCAUACCAUUUCCUAUGGAAAAAUGAUCGUACCACUCGUCAAUUAAUGGAGUUUGGUUUGCAGGAAUUCGAAUCAACUUUACGGUGCUUGGCCGAAUUGGACGCCAAUUUGCUAGUAGAGCCCGAAAUGGAGGUGUUUGGUCAUUGUGUAUCCGUUUACAAUGAACGACUUAAAUAUGGAUUGGCCAUUGAGAUCAAAUCUUGUAAUCAUAAGAUCGGACAAGCUAUGAAGAAGAAAUACAAAAAAGAGAUGGACUACGUCUACGCGGUAAUCAAUGAAAUGGAUCGCAAGUUGGACAGGCCAAUACGUGAUCUCGAUGAUGUGCGCAUGAUAAUGGAAACCUUAAGUAAAAUAAGAGAGCAAGAAGUUGAUAUGGAGUUGCGCAUUGAUCCAAUAGAAGAGGCAUUUAAUGUACUUACCCGCUUUGAGGUGCAAGUAGAACGUGAACAAUUCGACUUGGUAGAUAACUUACGGAGUACUUUUCAGAAUUUAUUGUCUUGUGCCCUUCAAGCUCAAGUGAAACUGCUUGAUAUGCAACCGUCCUUUCAGGAUGAUCUCAAGAACAAUUUAGAGAAAUUUAAACAAGAUAAAAUACAAUAUGUAAAUGAAUAUCGCAAUGCUGGUCCUAUGCAACCUGGGCUAACCCCACGUGAGGCCUCCGAUCGCUUAAUUUUAUUCCAAAAUCGUUUCGAGGGUAUGUGGCGUCGCCUGCAAACCUACCAGAAUGGUGAAGAAUUAUUUGGUUUACCACAAACUGACUACCCGGAGUUGGGUCAGAUACGGAAAGAAUUAAAUUUGUUGCAGAAACUCUAUAAAUUGUAUAAUGAUGUCAUAGAUCGCGUGAGCAGUUAUUAUGAUAUACCAUGGAAUGAAGUGGACAUCGAAGAGAUCAACAACGAACUAAUGGAGUUCCAGAAUCGCUGCCGUAAACUUCCAAAAGGUUUGAAAGAGUGGCCGGCUUUCCAUGCACUCAAGAAAACCAUCGACGAUUUCAAUGAUAUGUGCCCAUUAUUGGAGUUGAUGGCGAAUAAGGCAAUGAAGCCUCGACAUUGGCAACGCAUCAUGGACGUUACCAAAUAUAUCUUCGAAUUCGAUUCGGAAGGAUUCUCAUUGAAGAAUAUAUUGGAGGCGCCUCUGCUUAAACACAAAGAGGAUAUUGAAGAUAUUUGUAUUAGUGCAAUGAAAGAGAAGGAUAUCGAGGCUAAAUUAAAGCAAGUCACAAACGAAUGGUCCGUUCAUGAAUUACAAUUCAUGAGUUUCAACAACCGCGGUGAACUGUUACUGCGCGGUGAUACGACAGCUGAGACAAUAGGUCAGCUAGAAGAUAGCUUAAUGGUGUUGGGGUCAUUGCUAUCCAAUCGCUACAAUGCACCAUUUCGUAAACAAAUUCAACAAUGGGUCUAUGAUUUAUCGAACUCGAAUGAGAUUUUAGAACGUUGGUUGUUGGUGCAGAAUAUGUGGGUUUAUUUAGAGGCUGUGUUUGUAGGUGGUGACAUUGCUAAACAGCUUCCGAAAGAAGCCAAGAGAUUCUCUAAAAUCGACAAAUCCUGGCAAAAGAUAAUGCAACGUGCACAUGAGACUCCGGGCGUGGUUGCAUGCUGUGUCGGUGACGAUCUUCUUAAACAGCUGUUACCUCAUUUGCAGGAACAGUUGGAAAUAUGUCAGAAAUCACUGAGUGGCUAUUUGGAACGCAAACGAAUGAUGUUUCCACGUUUCUUUUUUGUUUCUGAUCCAGCACUCUUAGAGAUACUAGGCCAGGCUUCUGAUUCACAUACUAUACAAAAUCAUUUACUAUCCAUUUUCGAUAAUACGCGCAAAGUGAAAUUCCACGACAUUGAAUACAACAAGAUGAUGGCAAUCAUCUCUAGUGAGGGUGAGAUGAUACAAUUAGAUCGCGCGAUUCGUGCUGAGGGUUCCGUCGAGACAUGGCUAACUCAGUUGCUGGUCACCGCACAGCAGUCAUUGCAUUCGAUUAUCCGCACCGCUUAUGCAACAAUAAAUGAUCCAAAUUUCACCUUGUUGGGAUUUUUAGAGAAAGUCCCAGCGCAAAUUGGUCUUUUGGGUAUACAAAUGAUUUGGACACGCGACGCGGAAAUGGCGCUGAUGCAGGCCAGGCAUGAGAGGAAAGUCAUGUCGGAGACGAAUAAUAAGUUCCUUGAAAUUCUAAACACACUAAUUGAUCAAACCACAAGAAAUUUGACCAAAAUGGAGCGAACUAAUUUCGAAACCCUAAUUACCAUACAUGUACAUCAACGGGAUAUAUUCGAUAUAUUGUGCCGGAUGAACAUUAAAUCAGCAAACGAUUUUGAGUGGUUAAAGCAGUGUCGUUUUUACUUCAAAGAGGACUUGGACAAAACUUGGAUUUCAGUAACAGACGUAACCUUCACUUAUCAAAAUGAAUAUUUGGGUUGCACAGAUCGUUUGGUGAUCACGCCGCUAACAGAUCGUUGUUACAUCACACUCGCCCAGGCGCUAACACUGAGCAUGGGUGGCGCACCAUGUGGUCCAGCGGGUACCGGAAAAACGGAAACUGUAAAGGACAUGGGAAAGACGCUGGCUAAGUACGUGGUUGUAUUUAAUUGCUCCGACCAAAUGGAUUACAGGGGCCUCGGUCGUAUCUACAAGGGCUUGGCUCAGUCUGGCACGUGGGGUUGUUUUGAUGAGUUCAACCGCAUCGAACUUCCGGUCUUGUCGGUUGCAGCGCAACAAGUUGCAGUGGUAUUAACAGCCAAGAAGGAGAAAAAGAAAACAUUUAUAUUCACCGAUGGCGAUACGAUUGAGAUGAAUCCUGAGUUUGGCAUAUUUAUAACAAUGAAUCCUGGCUACGCUGGCAGAAAAGAAUUACCUGAAAAUUUGAAAAUACAAUUUCGCACUGUCGCGAUGAUGGUGCCAGACCGACAAAUAAUAAUACGCGUCAAGUUGGCGUCAUGUGGCUUUUUGGAGAAUAUUACACUGGCGAGAAAAUUUUACACGCUUUAUAAACUGUGUGAGGAGCAGUUAACUAAGCAGGUUCAUUAUGAUUUUGGUUUGAGAAACAUUUUAUCGGUACUGCGUACUUUGGGUGCUGCCAAGCGGAGAAACUCGAAGGAUGGCGAGAGUACGAUUGUGAUGCGUGUCCUACGCGAUAUGAAUCUCUCGAAGUUGAUUGAUGAAGACGAACCGUUAUUCAUGUCGCUUGUGUCGGAUUUGUUUCCCAAUCAGACACUCGAAAAGACCAAUUACCCAGAACUUGAAGCAGCUAUUGCUCAGCAGACGGAAGAAGCUAAUUUGGUCUACCAUCCUCCAUGGGUUCUCAAAUUAAUACAAUUAUACGAAACCCAAACCGUUCGACAUGGCAUUAUGACAUUGGGUCCCAGUGGUGCUGGUAAGACAACAUGCAUCCAUACACUAAUGAAGGCACUCACUCAAAUGGGUGACAAUCAUCGCGAGAUGCGUAUGAAUCCAAAGGCUAUAACGGCUGCUCAAAUGUUUGGCCGUUUAGAUGUGGCUACCAAUGAUUGGACCGAUGGCAUAUUUUCGGCUUUGUGGCGCAAAACGCUCAAAUUAAAAAGUGGCGAACAUAUUUGGCUCGUGCUGGACGGUCCUGUAGAUAGUAUUUGGAUUGAAAAUUUGAACUCAGUUCUAGAUGAUAACAAGACAUUGACCUUGGCAAAUGGCGAUCGUCUUACUAUGGCGCCAACAGUAAAAAUAAUUUUCGAACCGCACAACAUUGACAACGCGUCACCGGCAACUGUGUCCCGUAAUGGAAUGGUGUAUAUGAGUUCCUCAGGGUUAGAUUCCAGACCGAUUGUACAAGCUUGGCUAAAGAAUCGCGCACCUGGUGAAAAAUCAGUUUUUUGGGCCCUCUUCGAGCAAACUUUCAUUCAGGUUUACAACUGGGGCACACAAAAUCUUAAGCUUUUGAUGUCGGUGUUGCAAUGCAAUAUAGUACGACAGAUGCUAUCGAUUUUAGAGGGCUUGGUGCCGGUAAAGAAGGAGGAGGAGCAAGCUGUCAGCCUGUCAAGUAAAGAAACAAACGACGCAACAAAAGCGGGAAAACACAAAAUCAUAGCGAAAGUGAAUGAAAUUAACCAGGAGCGUCGAAACUCCGCCGCCAGCGGGGAUGGCGACGAGCUUCCCGAGGAACCGGCUGUAGAGGAGAAAGAAGAUACAUGCACACCCGAACAUUUGCAUCGACUAUAUAUCUUUGCGCUAGCUUGGGGUCUCGGGGGAUAUCUCAAUGCCGCUGACCGCAUUCGUCUGGAUUUAUAUAUUAAAGAAGCUUUCCCCCAGUUGGACUUCGCCCAGGCGACUAGCACAGAAAGUAGUAUUUUCGAUUUCUUCGUUUCCGAGGCAGGCACGUGGCAGGCGUGGAAGACACUGGUCACCCCAUAUAUGUAUCCAGAGUUAUCUACACCAGACUAUCUAAAUAUUCUGGUGCCCAUCAUUGAUAAUGUACGUAUGGAUUACUUAAUCGCUACCAUAGCGAAUCAGGAAAGUGCUGUAAUGUUGAUCGGCGAACAGGGUACUGGAAAGACGGUGAUAAUGAAGAACUUUAUGAAGAAAAUGAAUCCGGAGGCUUAUAUGGGCCGCUCUUUCAAUUUUUCAUCGGCCACCAGUCCAUACCAAUUUCAACGUACUAUCGAGAGUUAUGUGGAGAAACGUGUAGGGGUUACUUUUGGUCCCCCAGGAGGACGUAAAUUGAUUGUGUUUAUUGAUGAUGUCAAUUUGCCAGAGAUAAAUGAAUGGGGCGAUCAAGUGACGAAUGAAAUUGUUCGCCAAAGUAUGGAUAUGAAAGGCUUUUACAGUUUGGAGAAGCCUGGCGAUUUUACGACAGUAGUGGAUGUUCAAUAUGUUGCCGCAAUGGGUUUGCCAGGUGGUGGCCGUAACGACAUACCGUCGCGAUUAAAACGACAAUUUUGUGUGUUUAAUUGCAAUAUUCCCGAUGAUGAGUCGAUUGAUAAAAUAUUUCGUGUUAUUGGUGAAGGGCAUUAUAAUGCCAAACGUGGGUUUACGUCGGAAGUACGUAGUUUAGUCAAGAAGUUAAUUGUUGUGACUCGUCAUUUGUGGCAGCGAACGCGUGAGAAACUUUUACCCACACCUGCCAAAUUUCAUUAUGUUUUUAGCUUACGCGACUUAUCGCGGAUAUGGCAAGGUAUGGUGGGGACUUUGUCAACUGUUAUAACAGCAGAUAGCGUGCUCAUGUCAUUGUGGAAACAUGAAUGCACACGGGUAUUUGCAGACCGUUUUACGACUUUUCAGGAUAAAGAGUGGUUUAGUUCGGAGUUAGCUUGUCUUGUGCGUGAGGAGCUUGGUGAAGCUUACUCGCAGAUGAUUAUUCCGAAUCCAGUGUUUGUAGAUUUCAUGCGCGAUGCACCUGAACCAACGGGUGAGGAGGGAGAGGACGCUGAUAUGGAGUUACCCAAAGUUUACGAACCGGUGAAUUCUCAUGAAGUGCUCCGGGAGCGUCUCGUUAUGUUCCUCGCACAGUUUAAUGAAAUGGUACGAGGCUCUGGGAUGGAUCUGGUUUUCUUCCCUGAUGCUAUGCUGCAUUUGGUGAAGAUCUCUCGAAUCAUUCGGCAUCCGAGGGGAAACGUCAUGCUUGUCGGGGUCGGUGGAUCGGGUAAACAAUCAUUGACAAAAUUGGCAUCAUUUAUAGCUGGCUACAAAACAUUCCAAAUUGCUUUGACACGGUCGUAUAAUGUAGCCAACUUUCUGGAGGACUUAAAAUUAUUAUAUCGCACCUGUGGUGUUCAAGGCAAAGGAACAACGUUUUUAUUUACUGAUAUGGACAUUAAAGAAGAGGGAUUCCUUGAAUACCUCAACAAUAUAUUAUCAUCUGGUGUGAUAUCAAAUCUAUUUUCUCGAGACGAACAAUCUGAAAUUGUACAAGAAUUGACUCCGGUUAUGAAACGAGAAAAUCAGCGAAAAACAGCGACCCCGGAAAGUGUGAUGGAGUUUUUCUUGGCCCGCACAUGCGCCAAUCUUCAUGUGGCUUUUUGUUUCUCGCCAGUUGGUGAAACAUUCCGAUCGAGGGUGCAACGUUUUCCGGCAUUGGUGUCCGGAUGCACUAUCGAUUGGUUCCAGCCGUGGCCAAAGGAUGCACUCGUCUCGGUGGCAAGACACUUUCUGAGUGACUUUGAAAUUGAGUGUACACCGGCAGUGAAGGAAGAGUUGGUCAAUGCGCUCGGCUCUAUUCAAGAUAUAGUCGCGGAAACAUCGUUAGAAUAUUUCCAGCGUUUUAGACGUGCAACACACGUGACACCGAAGUCAUAUUUGAAUUUCAUUGCUGGUUACAAAAAUAUAUAUCAGCAAACACAGAAAGAAUUGCGAGAUGGUGCAGAAAAGAUGGAUACUGGAUUGGAGAAGUUAAAGGAAGCCUCCGCUUCAGUUGAAAUACUGAAAAAGGACUUGGUGGUAAUGGAGGAGGAGUUGGUGGAGGCCUCCAAAAAUGCCGAAUCUGUGUUGGUGGAAGUUACCGAAAGAGCCAUGCAAGCCGAAAUCGUGAAAAAUCAAGUUCUUAUUGUAAAAGACAAAGCCGAGGCAUUAGUUGCAUGCAUUGCAAAAGAAAAAGCACUUGCCGAGGAAAAGUUAGAGGCUGCCAAGCCGGCGCUGGAAGAGGCCGAAAUGGCAUUGAAUACAAUAAAGCCAGCGCACAUUGCAACAGUACGCAAGUUGGGUCGACCGCCACAUUUAAUUAUGAGAAUCAUGGAUUGUGUCCUGAUUUUAUUCAAAAGAAAAUUACAUCCUUGUAUACCGGAUUCUGGAACACCAUGUCCGAAGCCAUCUUGGCAAGAAUCCUUAAAGAUGAUGGCCAGCGCAACGUUUCUGCUACAAUUACAAAAUUAUCCAAAGGAUACAAUAAAUGAUGAAAUGAUCGAUUUACUUCAGCCGUACUUUCGCAUGGAAGACUAUAAUAUGGACAUGGCAAGGCGGGUUUGCGGAGACGUUGCUGGAUUGUUGUCUUGGACCAAAGCUAUGUCAUUCUUCCACAGUGUUAACAAAGAAGUGCUGCCACUAAAGACAAACCUAACUUUGCAGGAGGCGCGAUUAAAGUUAGCCAUGGAUGACUUGGCUGGCGCUGAAGAGCAGUUAAGAGAGCGUGAAGAAGCACUUCAGGCCGUCAAAAAUCAGUACGAUAAAGCCGUUGGUGAGAAACAAAGACUUACUGAUGCUGCCAAUGUAUGUCUACGAAAAAUGACUGCGGCUACAGCAUUAAUAAAUGGGCUUUCAGAUGAAAAGCAUCGCUGGACAAAUCAGAGCAAAGAGUUUAAAAUACAACUUGGCAAGCUGGUUGGUGACGUUUUGCUAGCGACAGGCUUUCUUUCAUAUUGCGGCCCAUAUAAUCAGGAGUUUCGUGCAAAUUUAAUUAGAACAUGGAUGGGCAUUCUAAAACAAAAAAAUAUUCCCUUCACAACGGGUUUGAACAUUAUUAAUAUGCUCGUUGAUUCAUCCACAGUGUCAGAAUGGACUUUGCAGGGGCUGCCAAAUGAUGAGUUGUCGGUACAGAAUGCCUUGAUUGCUACAAAAUCAAGUAGUUAUCCACUAUUGGUAGAUCCCCAGACACAGGGAAAACUUUGGAUAAAAUCAAAAGAGGGUGAAAACGAAUUACAGAUUACAUCCUUAAAUCACAAGUAUUUCAGAACACAUUUAGAAGACUCAUUGUCGCUUGGACGACCACUGUUAAUUGAGGACGUCGGCACCGAGCUGGAUCCAGUGCUCGACAAUGUGUUGGAGAAGAACUUCAUCAAGUCGGGUAGCAUAGAGAAAGUGUUGGUGGGCGACAAGGAGUGUGAUGUAAUGCCAGGUUUUAUGUUAUAUAUAACUACGAAAUUACCAAAUCCCGCGUUUAGUCCGGAGGUAAGCGCUAAAACAUCCAUCAUUGACUUUACUGUCACAAUGCGAGGUCUCGAGGAUCAACUUUUAGGAAGAGUGAUUCUUAUGGAGAAAUCAGAUUUGGAAGCUGAACGAGUCGCUCUCUUCGAAACCGUUAUGACAAAUCAACGCAAAAUGAAGGAAUUAGAGGCAAAUUUGUUAUACCGUCUUAGUUCUUCACAAGGAUCUUUGGUAGAUGACGAAGCCUUAAUUGAGGUACUACGAGUUACAAAAACAACUUCCGAAGAAGUUAAUCAAAAAUUGAAAAUUUCCGAAAUAACUGAACGAAAGAUAAUGAAGGCUCGGGAAGAGUUCCGUGCCGUGGCUGCCCGCGGCUCAGUACUUUACUUCUUGAUUGUUGAGAUGAGUAAUGUGAAUGUUAUGUAUCAAAAUUCUUUGAAACAAUUUUUGGUUAUUUUCAAUAAUUCAAUCACCAAAUCCACGAAAUCGAAUGUAACUGAGGAACGGAUAAUUAUUAUUUUACGCUAUCUGACCUAUGAGGUCUACAAGUUUACAAAUCGUAGCUUAUAUGAACGUCAUAAGCAGUUGUUCACCUUAAUGCUGGCUAUUAAAAUCGACUACCACAACGGCAAUGUGACUCAUGAGGAGUUUAUGUCGUUUGUUAAAGGUGGUGCUUCGCUUGACCUAAAUGCUGUCACGCCAAAACCAUUUCGCUGGAUAUUGGACAUAACGUGGUUGAAUUUAGUGGAGAUAAGCAAGUUGGAAACAUUUUCAAAUGUUCUGACACUAAUUGAGUUAAACGAAAAGGAAUGGCGUAUUUGGUAUGAAGCUGAGAAGCCGGAGAAUGAGGAAAUUCCAUGUGGCUAUCAGACAUCUUUAGAUGGCUUUCGAAAAUUAUUAUUGGUGCGUUCUUGGUGUCCGGAUCGUACGAUUUCACAAGCGAAAAAGUACAUAGAGGAGUCUUUGGGCCCUGAGUACAGCGAGAUGCAAAUUUUAGAUCUUGAAGUGACUUGGGCAGAAUCAGAGCCACGCACGCCGUUCGUUUGUCUGCUGUCUAUUGGAUCCGAUCCUACGACACAAAUUGCCGCAUUGGCCAAACAAAAAGGCAUACCUUUGAAAUCGGUUUCAAUGGGGCAGGGGCAAGAAUUCCACGCACGCAAAAUGAUAAUGGACUCAAUGUCCGGCGGUGGCUGGGUGUUAUUGCAGAAUGUUCAUCUCUCGUUGCCUUUCUGCGCGGAAGUCAUUGAUAUGCUCGUAGAGACGGAACACAUCGAUGAUACGUUCCGAAUGUGGGUGACCACAGAACCACAUGCAGAUUUUCCAAUCGGCUUACUUCAAAUGGCCAUAAAAUUCACCAAUGAGCCACCGCAAGGCAUACGAGCCAGUCUAAAGCGCAGCUACCAGGCUUUCACUCAGGACUUUCUCGAUUACACCGCAGCGUCACAAUGGCCACCAUUGCUAUAUACUGUAGCCUUUUUGCACACAAUCGUUCAAGAACGGAGGAAAUUUGGUCCGCUUGGUUGGAAUGUACCAUAUGAGUUUAAUCAGGCAGACUUUGCGGCGAGCGUGCAGUUCAUACAGAAUCACUUGGAUGAGAUGGAUCCAAAGAAGGGAGUCUCAUGGCAAACGCUUGUCUACAUGAUUGGAGAGGUUCAAUAUGGUGGGCGUGUGACUGAUGAUUUUGAUAAGAGACUGCUGACCACUUUUACCGCGGUGUGGUUUUGUGAGGGGCUUUUAAGUAACUCAUUCGAAUUCUACAAAGGAUACAAAGUGCCGAAUACGAAGAGUUUGCAAGGAUUCGUCGAUUAUAUAAACAGCUUGCCUGCUUAUGAUACGCCAGAGGUGUUUGGCUUGCAUUCCAAUGCUGACAUCACGUAUCAAAUUAAUUCAGCCAAAGGUAUUUUGGACACCAUACUGAGCGUGCAGCCAAAAGAGGGAGGCGGAGGCGGUGGGGAGACACGCGAGAGCAUUGUUUAUCAGCUGGCCGACGACAUGCUGCGAAAGCUUCCGCCUCAGUAUAACGCCUACGAAGUGCGUGAGAACCUACUUCGCAUGGGAAUUCUUCUACCGAUGAACAUCUUUCUCAGGCAAGAAAUUGAUCGCAUGCAGAAAGUGAUUAAGAAAGUAUACACAUGCUUGUGCGACCUGAAAUUGGCAAUUGAUGGCACAAUUGUGAUGAGUCCAGCCCUGAAGGAGUCCUUGGAUGCCAUGUAUGAUGCACGCAUACCGGAAUCUUGGAUGAAGAUAUCUUGGGAAUCGACAACUCUAGGCUUCUGGUAUACGGAGCUAUUGGAACGAAAUGCUCAAUUUCGCACUUGGAUAUCAACAGAUAGACCGAAAGUAUUUUGGAUGACGGGCUUCUUUAAUCCCCAAGGAUUUUUAACAGCUAUGCGGCAGGAAGUGACACGCGCACACAAAGGCUGGGCACUGGACUCGGUUGUACUGCAAAAUCAAAUAACUCGCUAUAAUAAGGAAGACAUCUCCGAAUACCCCACCGAAGGUGUCUACGUGCAUGGGCUAUUUCUGGAAGGUGCUUCGCUGGAUCGACGCAGUGGCAAGUUGGUCGAGUCCAAAAUGAAAGUACUCUAUGAACAAAUGCCGGUAAUCUACAUAUAUGCUAUUAACACAACAGCUGGGAAGGAUCCUAAGCUUUAUGAGUGCCCGAUUUAUCGAAAACCACAACGAACCGAUGCCAAAUAUGUUGGCUCAAUUGACUUUGAGACGGAUUUCAACCCGAAGCAUUGGACGUUGCGUGGCGUUGCUUUGCUCUGUGACAUUAAAUAAUCGAAAUGCUUCGCACAUUUCACAUUAGCUUUUGGGUUGUUCGCGUCGGCAGUAAGGAAUGUAUUUGUAUCAUGAUUGUUAAGUUGGCAGUCACGUGCUUCCUGCUUUUAGUUUAAGUUUAUGUGCUAUUUGAGCGUAAAUAUAUGUAGUUAGUAGAUGCUAGGUAUGAUAACGGUGAGGUCUUUAUAAUGGCCUUUGUAUGCAAUGCCCAACUUUGUAAAUCGAAUUGUAACGAAAUGGUACAUAUAAGUAAAAGUUGUCUAUGUAUAAAAUAAAAUGGUUUAAGAACGAGAAAA